CCAACAAAGGGCGUCCGUCGCGUGCCGCCACGCGAGUUCAUGCAUCUACUUAUCCAGCCAUCGGUCAGUAGUGAGAGUUCCCUGUACUACGUACGUAUACAAUGACAGGGUAAACUAUCGAGCUCGCUCGCGGACUCCUGGACAAAGACUACGCUCAAGCAGGCCUUUUUAACAGCUGUGAUGUCUGUGAUUAUGCGGGUCUAUUUGCUUUGAAAAUCGAUUUUUACGUAUGUGUACACGUUAAUAAUUUCAUACUGGACAUGUGUUAAACAUCGAGAUUAUAAGCACUUCAGAUUGGCAAAGCAAACACACCCUUGAAGUACCGUAGUUGAAGAUAUAUCUCAAGGAGCUCCAAGACACAUUUUGAGUUGUCAAAGACCGGUAUUACGAUGACAGAGCCUACCUCGUACUCGCGACCGACUACCCGAUCGCAGUCAAAACGCCUGUCUGAGGAGACUACGAAGCCCACUAUAAAUGGAGCGUCAUCCGCAGACCCAAAGGCUGGACAAUGGGGGCGUGCAUGGGAGGUAGAUGUGUUCACCACUGUUGGCGUUCUCCUCCUCCUGACCCUCAUACCACUGGUUGUCUUCUACGUCCAUGUAUCCUGUACCCACUACCAGUGUUCCCUCAUCGCUCCACCCCUUGAGAUGAGGAAGGGCGCCCUCACCCCCAUGAUGCUCUGGGAUCAGAUACCACCGAUCACCUGGGAUGGUGUGACCAUUCUAUCAAUCUGGAUGGCUUUUCAGGUGGUCCUCUUCUACUUGCCAGACCUCUUCCAGUACAUAAUACCCGGUUAUGUGGGCGGUAUUCAACUGGGUGCCGUAACGCCAUCGGGUAUCCGGAAUCCAUACAACAUCAACGGUUUGCAGGCCUGGUUCAUCUCCAAUGGGAUCUUUGUGGCAAACGCCCUCUAUUUUCGUUGGUUCUCGCCAUCAAUCGUGUUUGACCACCGUGGUGCGCUCCUGUGGACAGCCAAUGCUGUUGGCGUGACGGUAGCAACAUUCGCCAUCGUGAAGGCUUACUUCUUCCCUACCCACGCCGCUGAUCGUGUGUUCACUGGUAACAUCUUCUAUGAUUACAUGAUGGGUAUCGAGUUCAAUCCACGCAUAGGAAAGAUGUUUGAUUUCAAGCUUUUCUUCAACGGACGACCGGGUAUUGUGGCUUGGACCAUUAUUAAUUUCUCCAUGGCGUGUAAGCAAUACGAGCUCUACGGCUACGUCACCAACUCCAUGAUCCUUGUGAACUUCCUGGAGGCGAUCUAUGUGGUUGAUUACUUCUGGAAUGAGGCUUGGUACCUUCAUACCAUCGACAUGCACCAUGAUCAUUUCGGCUGGUACCUGGCCUGGGGUGAUAUGGUCUACCUGCCUUUCAUGUAUACCCUUCAGUGCUUCUACCUUGUCUUCAACCCUGUCGAACUCUCCUGGCCCAUCUUCACCGCCAUCUUCCUCCUCGGAACCAUCGGUUACUACAUCUUCCGGUCGGUCAACCGACAGAAGGAUUACUUCCGGCGCACCAACGGACAAGCCCCGAUCUGGGGCGCCAUGCCCAAGUACAUCGACGCCACGUAUACCAGCGGUGACGGACAGGAGAGAAAGAGCAAGCUGCUGUUGUCUGGUUGGUGGGGCGUCACCCGACAUAUGAAUUACACCGGUGAUCUGAUGCAGGCUGCAGCCUGGUGCCUAUCCUGCGGAGUGGGACACAUCUUCCCAUACUAUUACCUUGUAUUCAUGACCAUUCUGCUCAUACACCGCUGCCGGAGAGACGAAGACCGCUGUCACGCCAAGUAUGGCAAGUCCUGGGAGCUUUACAUGAAGAAAGUUCCAUGUAGGCUUAUACCUUACAUUUACUGAUAAUGUUGCCAAUUUUUGUUUCAUGAUAACGAUCAAGCCUUAUACCUCAAGGGCAGUUGCAUGAGAUAAUCAAACUUUUUUUUACGUCCAACCCAUAUUUUUUUCUUCAUUCUUAUUAGUCAACUUCACGAAUUUCUCAAGCCAUGAUAAUUUGAGAGCAGACACAAUUCGAGAACAUGACAACUGUCAUUAGAGCAAGAAAAAAAAGACGACGUAUAGGUCCCACAUACAGGAGAUCGGAUGUUUUUCCCUUUUUAUUUUUCUGAGCAGUGAUGUCAAAAUCUUGUCACCCAUCAGUAACACCUUAAUGCAAUUUUAUCUAACAUAAUAGUGUUCACUAUCCAAUUAGAAUCUACAUGUAUGCAUUAUCGGGUUUAAAUCAACUUUCUCCUUGGUAUUCGCUCACUUUUGUUGAAUUGCGAUU